CUCUUCCUCUUCCCUUUUUCUCUACUUGUAUCCCCCGCCCGCCAAGCCGCGGCCGCAGCGCAGCAGAAACGCAAACCGGCCACCCCACCCGCACUCGCCGCCCCAUCUCCUCCGCUCCCGUCCUCUCCGAUCCAUCCACGCCACCGGAACCAGCCCCCGAGCAGCACCUUCUCGCCACCGGGCCCCAAGCCUCUGCCGGCGUGGACGCGUGGUUUCGCCUCUGCGGCGGCGGCGCCCGGAGGGAGCGCGGCUCGGGCGUCCGGGAGGCGCCCUCGCGCGCGCGAUUUCGUCCAGAUCCGACCCAGCAAUACUUGUCGAGUCUGAAGUCAAGAACUGUUUUGAUGGGCCCAGCGAAGGGUUCUCGAACUAUUAACAAGACCAUAGUAAAAGGAUAUGAAGAUCAACAGCAUCAUGAUGAUCCAUCUAGUUCAAGCAAAGCUAAACAGAAAAAGAAGAAAAUUUCAGACUUAGAUCCCAAAUGGAGCAAGGAUGAACUUAAAAACUUUUAUGAAGCCUACCGUCAACAUGGGAAGGACUGGAAAAAGAUCAGCAUAGCAGUAGGUGGUAAGUCGUCGGACAUGGUGCGGUCUCUUUACACUUCACAUCGGACUUUCUUAUCUCUUCCAGAACGUGAAGCUACUGCCAUGGGAUUUAUUGCGCUGGUGACUGGUCAUCACAAUGCUUCGCAGGAGAAAACCACGAGUCAUAGAGGAUAUGAUCACAUAGUGAGAGCAUCUGGAAAGGCAAGGAAACAUGGAGAACAACAGAAAUCAAUUGAUGGACCUGACCCGCACAACUGUCAUGAAGGGAAGAUUUCUGGAUUUUCAGCUUCCUUCAAAAAACGAUACUAUGGCGAAUUGGUCAGGAACAGCCGAAAUCAUGCUGUUUGGAGGCGUACUCCUCGUAUACCAGUUAUAGCUCCUGCAGACAGAAGUACCAUUGAUGAUGCCACACCAGGAAUUGAAAACGUCAUCAAUUCUACCAAGAGAAAAUAUGAAGCAGCCAAUUAUGACUGUUCUAUUGUUCCAACAAAUGAGUACUCUCCGGACAGAGUUUCUGGCUUUGCUGAAGCAAACAAGGUUGGUCUAGAUUUUAAGAAAACAAGAAUUCAGCAAACUAUGGCAGAAGGUCAGACUGGUAUAGUUGAGCAUGAGAUGACAAUGGCAUCUAAAGAAGGGAAUAAACUAGUUGAUUCACUAAACAACAACCAGAUGCUUAUUGAUAGUAUUUCUGAAGAUGAUAUGUUGGUCUUGGAUGUAUUGAAUAGCCUGGUGAAUGCUCCCUCUAAAAUGUCAAAACUAGAGAUUAAUAUUCCUUCAGGUUCACUUGGGAAAACUGACUCUGCGCUAUCUCACAGAAGGGAGGAAGACCACCCUAUCAUUGAUGUAUCUAAACAACGGAAGCCAGUUGGUAAAUCCAGUACUUCCAAGACUAGGAAGAAAAAACAUAAGAAGAUAUUAGAUGCAGAGGUGCCUGCUGAAGCACAAAACAUUUGUGGUAAUAAUUUAGUCUUGCCGGAAACACUGAGGGUUGGUAUCACUGAUGAUUCUUCCUUGUGUACUGACUCUGGAAGAGUGGGGAUACCAGAAGCAUCUGAAGAUAUUUCUGCUGAAGUCCCCAAUGCACAAAUGGAAACCAAGCCUGAAGUUAGAAUGUCUGGAAGGACCAGACGGAAAUCUCAAUUGCAUUGCAAAACAAAGCAUAUGUCAUGCAAUGAAGGUUCAGAUAAUUUGCAGGCAAAGAAAUUGCUGCACUGUUUGUCAUCUGAACCACUUCGUAGAUGGUGCACAUAUGAGUGGUUCUACAGCGCAGUUGAUUAUCCAUGGUUUUCAAAUAAUGAGUUUGUGCACUACUUAGAUCAUGCAAAAUUGAGUCAUCUUUCAAAGUUGACUAGAUCAGAAUGGAGUGCAAUCAGGAGUUCCCUUGGUAAACCACGGCGAUUUUCAAAUAAUUUUCUGGCUGUGGAAAAAGAAAAACUUGAGGAUUAUCGUGAGCAAGUUAGAAAAAUCUAUGCUCAACUCAGUGAUGGUUCACGGGAUUCUCUACCUGCAGACCUAGCUAGGCCAUUUUCAAUUGGUCAGCAGGUUAUUGUUCGUCAUCCAAAUUCUAGGGAACUUUGUGAUGGCAAAGUGGUGAAGUUGGGGCCGGAUUGUUACAAGGUCCAUUUUGAUGAUCCUGACCUUGGUGUUGAUAUUGUAAAGGACACUGAUUGUAUGCCAGUUAAUUGGCUGUAUAAUCGUCCUGACAACAUGAGAAGGGUCUACCUUUCAAAUAAUGCGUACAGCAUACUGGAGAUGGAUCACAUUCCUGACCUUACACCAAGUGAGAACGGGGACCAUGCUGUAAAUGGAGCUACUGUACUUGAGGGGCUCAGAAGUCUGCGUUUAACAUCAGACAUACAGCCUAAGGCAGAAUCUAUUGUAAAUAAUGAAAGACCACCAUAUAUGAGUACAUCUGAUGGCCCUACAAAAUCUAGAGAUUGCCCUGGUCACAACGAUGAGCUAGAGUCAUUUGUAGCUGCAUUUGUAGAAAGAUCACUAUCACAAGCCCGGCAGAUGUUUGACGAAGAAAUGCAGGCAAACUCUGGAAGUAGAGACGAUGAAAAGUCAUGCAUGUCAAAUCAAGCGACAGGUUGUGUAGGCCCAGGUUCUGAAUCUGCUCGUGGCACACAACUUCCAUCUGACCUGAUAUCAAACUGCGUAGCAACUGCUCUUUCAAUCAAGCGCCUUAGCGACUCGUGGCAUGAAUUUGAUAGCAUAACAGGCGUCUUGGAUCACGCUUUGUCAAUGCUGCGGCCAAGCUGUCCAGAGAACCUUGCACUCUACAAACAAAUAGAGAGAGACAUUGGUAUCCUAAUGAGCCAGAUAUUUGCACGUGUGCCAACAGCAUUGGGCAAUUGCAGCCCUCCUGUCUCGCCCCAUGUAACUGGGCCCUGGGCCGGAUAGACUCCCGCUGCCUUCUUGCAGGCCCUGCAGUAGAACACGCUGCUUCUUCUGCUGUGAGUUCAAAACACAAAGGUUUUGCCGCUGCUGGAGCUUGAUGUUAUGGAGGAAGUCCGGCUGAAUGGUAGCAAACCAUAGCAUACGGAAGACACAAGUCUGAUGUGCUGACCUGAGCUUGGAUAUGCAGCGUGGGAUCAUUAACUGACUAGCUCCCUUGUAACCUGUGUAUAUACCUGAAUGAAUAGUUUAUAGGCCCAUAUACAGAUUCAGGAUAGCUGACAUCUGAUAUUGUACUGAAUAAAGAUGUAUGUCUGCAGUCAUGAUUCUUGAAUGUAAUGUCACAGGAUGAUUUCUUGAUAGGAAAUUUACAUAUUAAAAAUGAGGGAACCA